AGAUUUGAUUGUUUUGUAAUAAUUUCUUAAUCAUUCGAACCAUAAUUAAGAAAUAAAAAAUGGGUUUAUUUCAUAGUCCAAAAUGUCGUCUAUUAUCAAUGUUAUGUUUAACAUUUUUCUUUUUUUUGGUCGAAAUUAUUGUUGGUUAUUUAACAAAUUCAACGGCAUUAAUUGCUGAUAGUUUUCAUAUGUUAUCGGAUGUUGUUGCACUAGUCAUUGCAUAUGUUUCAGUACGGAUGUCACCGAAAAAAUGGUCAAAAAAUACAUUUGGUUGGGCACGUGCUGAAGUAUUGGGUGCAUUGAUCAACGCGGUAUUUUUAGUUGCACUUUGUUUUUCCAUACUAAUCGAAUCAUUAAAACGUAUUGUUGAUCCGGAAAAAUUACAUAAUCCAAUAUUGAUUUUAGUUGUCGGUAUUAUUGGUUUAUGUGUUAAUCUAAUUGGAUUGUUAUUAUUUCAUGAACAUGGACACAGCCAUGGUGGCCAUAUUCAUAUACCACAACAAGAAGAAAUAAUACCACCAUCAUCAUCAUCAUCACAAAUACAGAAUGGUGAUAUUGGUUUUGUUGAUGAACAACAAAAAACUAAACCGAAAAAAAUUAAACAACAUACAGCAACUAAUAUGAAUAUGCGUGGUGUUUUCUUACACGUAUUAGCCGAUGCAUUAGGAUCAAUAAUUGUGAUAAUCAGUGCCUUGAUUGUUCAAUACACUGAAUGGGAAUAUAAUAUUUAUGUUGAUCCUGCUUUAUCAAUCAUAAUGGUUAUUAUUAUUGGUCAUAGUACAUUUCCACUAUUAAUCGAUUCGGCAUUAAUAUUAUUACAAACUGUUCCAACUCAUAUUCAAAUUGAUUCAUUACAACGUAAACUAUUGCAAGAAAUUGAUGGUGUAUUAGCUGUACAUGAAUUUCAUGUUUGGCAAUUAGCUGGUGAUCGUAUUAUUGCAUCAGCACAUAUACGUUGUCGUAAUUUACAUGAUUAUAUGCAAAUUGCUGAACGUGUAAAAGAAUUUUUUCAUAAUGAAGGUAUACAUUCAACAACAAUACAACCAGAAUUUGUUGAAGCUGAUGAUACAAUGGAAAGUUCAUUUGAUAAUGGUGCUAUUUCCGAUGGACAUUGGUCUUCAUUAGCAAAUGCUGGCCAACAAGAUGUUCAUUUAAAAUAUCGUUGGUCAAAUGAUGCAAAUUGUGCACUUGAUUGUCCACCAGGUCAAUUAGGUCGUGGUAGUUGUGUACAAAGUACAUGUUGUGGUCCACAACAAAAACGAUCAUUACCACCUGGAUCAGGAUUUGAUGAAUUAGAAAUACAAAAAGCCGGUUCUAGUAUUGGUACACAAUUAUCACGUCGUAAUAUUCACGGUCAAUCUAUCAAUAAUAAUAAUAAUCAACAACUACAACAACAACCAAUAUCAGCGAUAUCCACAUCCAAACAUAAUGGAUCACCAUCAUUAACAUCAUCAUCAUCAUCAUCAUCUUCAUCGAACAAUCAACAACAACAACAAAAAAAUGAUCAAUCACAAAUGAUUAAUCCAAAAUCUUCAUUGUUAAAUGCAGCUACAAAUGCAAUAGCAGUUGCAGCUAUUAUACCAGAAAAAGAUUCCAAAAUUGUUUCAUAUUCUAAUCUCAGUCAACAAAGUUCAACAUCAUCAUCAUCAUCAUCAUCAACUAAUCAUCUUGGUUUGAUUGUUGAUUCGAAAGAAAAACUAAAUUCAAUUUCAAAUGGCAUUUAAUCUUUUUUUUCCCCAUAAAGAUA